AGUCUAUUUGCUUUGCAUAUUUUCCUUUUGUGUUUUGCUGCUUUUAUUGUUCGCUUUAUAUCUGUGUACUUCUGCUUUUCUGCUUGCUGCUGCUGCUGCUGCUUCUUCUUCUUCUUCUUCUUCGUUUAUCUUUGCUUUCGCAUGUGAGUUUGUUCAAGCUCUUUUCAGAACCUUCAACAAUGGCAGCAAACAUUAUUCACCCUCCCAUGGAACAACUCCAAGACCUUGAGUACUGUAUAGACUCUAACCCUCCGUGGGCUGAAACCAUCUUAUUAGCAUUUCAAAACUACAUUCUAAUGCUGGGCACAAGUGUUAUGAUCCCCACAAUGCUCGUCCCUGCAAUGGGUGGAAGUGAUGGGAGAAAGCACGAGUUAUACAGACUCUCCUCUUUGUGGCUGGCAUUAACACACUUCUGCAAGCACUCUUUGGAACUCGGUUGCCAGCAGUUGUUGGAGGCUCCUUUGCUUAUGUCAUUCCCAUAGCUUACAUAGUAAGCGACUCCCAAUUGCAACGGAUUAGUGAUCCUCAUGAAGGUAUUGAAAGAGAUCUUCCCAUGUGGUUUGCAGAGAUUUAUACAAACUAUGCGAGCUAUCCAAGGAGCUCUAAUUGUAGCCUCGAGCAUACAAAUAGUCUUGGGUUACAGCCAACUUUGGGGCCUCUUUUCACGAUUCUUCAGUCCUCUUGGUAUGGCACCUGUGGUUGCAUUGGUUGGCUUAGGAUUGUUUCAACGAGGAUUUCCUGCGGUACGUAUUGCUAUGAGAAGGCCUUUAGGGUAUUCAGUGGGUUCAGCCUCAAAGAGGAGUUUGCAUUCAAUUUGGGCAAUUGUGUGGAAAUUGGUAUACCAAUGCUGUUGUUGAUCAUUGGAUUGUCACUAUAUCUAAAGCAUGUGAGGCCAUUCAGAGAUGUCCCUAUUUUUGAACGAUUCCCAGUGUUGGUAUGCGUCACGAUCAUUUGGAUCUAUUCCCUUGUCUUGACUGCCAGUGGGGCUUAUCAAGACAAGUCCCUUAGAACUCAAAGUAGUUGCCGCACGGACAGAGCUAAUCUUAUAUCUACUGCCCCUUGGUUCAAGCUCCCAUACCCUCUGCAGUGGGGUCCACCAACAUUUUCAGCUGGUCAUUCGUUUGCUAUGAUGUCUGCGGUCCUUGUUUCAAUGGUUGAGUCAACUGGUGCAUACAAGGCAACAUCUAGGUUGGCAAUUGCUACUCCUCCUCCUGCUUAUGUAUUGAGCCGUGGCAUUGGUUGGCAAGGAAUAGGAAUCUUGCUUGAUGGUCUGUUUGGAACGGGCACUGGUUCUACUGUUUCUGUGGAAAAUGCUGGGCUCCUUGGAUUAACUCGGGUUGGAAGUCGCAGAGUAGUUGAAAUUUCUGCUGGCUUCAUGAUAUUCUUCUCUACCCUAGGAAAAUUUGGAGCUGUGUUUGCAUCUAUACCCUUCCCAAUAUUUGCUGCAUUGUACUGUGUUCUCUUUGGGCUUGUGGCUUCGGUUGGAUUAUCAUUUCUUCAAUUCACAAACAUGAAUUGCAUGAGAAAUCUCAUCAUUACUGGGCUUUCACUGUUCCUUGGGAUAUCUGUCCCUCAGUUUUUCAAUGAAUAUUGGAAUCCUUCACGACAUGGUCUGGUUCAUACAAACGCUGGAUGGUUCAAUGCAUUUAUCAAUACGGUAUUCUCGUCUCCUCCAACGGUGGGUUUGAUAGUGGCAGUGUUUCUGGACAACACGUUAGAAGUAGACAAGUCAAAGACAGAUAGAGGAAUGACAUGGUGGGGGAAGUUCAGAAGCUUUAGAGGUGAUAACAGAAAUGAAGAGUUCUACACUUUGCCAUUCAAUCUCAAUAGGUUUUUCCCACCAACUUAGCCAAUGUUCAGAGAGAGCCAGCAAGCAAAUCGAGCUAAUUAAUUAAUUGAUGCCUGCUGCACUGCACUGCACUGCACUGCACCGCAAUUAAUUUAACAUGAUUUUUGUGCCUUUUGUAACUCCAAGAUCAUCAUGACAAAUGUCUUGGCAAAUUCUAGCUAUCACAGUAUUUUUGUGGGCCAAAUCUCGUAAAAUGGUCCGGAUUUGAAUUUCUGUUCAUCAUUUGAUCCAUGCUUAGAUGCAAUAAGAAGGGAAAUUGGUUCUCUCUCU